AGAUCCGCCUGUCGCUGUAUCGAAUCAGGCUUUUGACCUCUCUCGUGACAGCCCAUCCUUUGCCCGGCUGGGGUCCGAUCUGACGGUUGCCAUGGCGGCGGCUGCUGGCAGCCCCGGUGCGGCCUAUGAGUGUAAUAUCUGCCUGGAGACGGCCCGGGAGCCGGUGGUCAGUGUCUGUGGUCACCUUUACUGCUGGCCUUGUCUGCAUCAGUGGCUGGAGACGCGGCCCGAGCGCCAGGAAUGCCCCGUGUGUAAAGCUGGAAUUAACAGAGAGAAUGUUAUCCCUAUAUACGGCCGAGGGGAUGGCAACCAGCAGGACCCCAGGCUGAAGACUCCCCCCAGACCUCAGGGUCAGAGGCCGGAGCCGGAGAACAGAGCAGCGGGGGGGGUCCCGGGAUUCACAGACACGGGCUUUCACAUGUCUUUUGGCAUCGGAGCUUUCCCGUUUGGCUUUUUCACCACAGUCUUCAACACUAAUGACUUUUACACAGCCCCCCGCGCAGAAACCGGGCAGCCCCAGGGCAGAUUCUUCGGAUUGCCCGACUCCCUCUUCCUCAUCAUCGCCAUCUUCUUCUUCCUCUGGUUAAUCAGCGUGUGAAGCCGCUUGGCCUCGCGUGGAUCGCUCCCCGCACCGGCCCCAUGGACAAGUACCCGUCGCUAGUAACACUCCAGGCCGUAGAGGACCGCUAACAAAUAUAUGUAUUCCAUGUAAAAUCUUUUUUUUUUUUUUUGCUGCGCACUUUAAAUAUGGCCGCUUCGUGGAUAUCGUAAUGUAUAUGGAAACCGAUUAUAUUUUUAACCCUUAAAUACCCUUCUCCUUUCUCCUAAAUAAUUUUUCCCAGGAAGAUCAUGGAAUUAUUGGACUAUUAAAUUCUGCCGCAUUGGAUUUUUUUCUCCUGUACUGUCUGAUCCAGAAGAAUUUUGUCUGGUUUCUCUCUUUUUUUGGAAUUGUUUGUGUUGGGUGGGGUGGGGGGUCUCUAAAUAUGGUGCUUAUAUUGUAAAAUAUUGCCCUCAAUCUCGGUUUGACUUUCAGAUCGGUACAAACUUUAGAGAGUUGGCUUUAGCGUUCUUUUAAUGGAGCCGGAAAGUGAGCGCAGCCACCGCCUGCUCGGCGACGCGGCAAAUUGCCGACGGGCUGUGACGUGCAUGCGCGGGUUUUUACGGAAAUGCCUUUUUCUCCCCAAUGACAGGAUCGCAGCCGUGACCCCGUUAACAGCUAUGAUUCACCCACGUGUUCCACAAGCAUGGCGCACGGGUUACUGGUUUAUACUGGUGGAGAAAUAGGUGCCGCUGACCCACUUUUAACAGACUUAACGAUCACAGCUCUGCCCCGCGCAGGUAACGCUCGGCUGUACAACGCUAAUUAAGGAAACUGGUUUUCUCAAUAAAAUGAUUCUUUCUGUAAA